AGCCCCAGUCCAGACACAGAACCCAAAGGAACUCCACCACGAGCGGACAAGCCAAAGCCAAAUCAAAUCCAAAAAAAACAAACAAAGUGAUAAUCCCAAUCUAAGAAAACAACACACCAAAACACAAACACAAACACACACACACAUCCAAUAUGCAGCGCACACUCUCCCUCGCCGUGAUCGCAGUGAUUUGCCUAAUCUUCAGUCUGAACAUGACCCAAGGGGCACCCAUCAGCAGCAGCAGCAGCAGCGAUACAGCGGCCAUCCUCUCACCAACAGAUAUCAGCGGGGAGGCAGUGCGUGAGAAGCGAGCCAGUGCGGAUUACUACAGGGGCGACUACUUCAUCUGUUAUCCCAAGAGCGAGGUAUACGCCAAUGCCUACGGAGGCGCCCAUCGGCGCUCGGAUGAUUCCGUGGCCAGUCCACCUCGCUACCUGGCCGAUGACUCCUUCGAGGCUCGCAAGGAUCGCGCCGAUGCCAGACGCGCCGCCUACACUGAUAGCUACGGCAAAUAAACAAACAGGCGACUGGUCGGAAUAAACCCACUGGAAUUGCACAGGUCUAGCUUUAAGAGUUCUCUGGAUAAAAUAUGUUUAUUAAUUUAUUUAAAAAAAAACAAAAAUAAAAUGUACAUAAUAUCUACAUUGAAA